UUAGAUUGCAAUGCAUUAAGUAUUGAGUUCGAGGUUAUCUUCUCUGUUUGGGUUGUUUACGUUGCCGCUGACUUUGCCCCCAGUUGCUGCAUCGCUAAUCGCCACUGAUUGCCACCAGGCGGACUUUAAGUGCAGUUGAAAGUGAAACGGUGGUGGAGAAUGCUGGAUGUAAUUGCACUGCUGUUGAUUACCCUCGCCAUUGGCUUCUGGUAUGUGCGCACGCGGCUGAGCUACUGGGCCAGGCGCGGGAUCGGGCAUGUCAGGCCCACCUUUCCCAUGGGUAACAUGGAUGGGCUUCGCAGGACAAAGCAUUUCAAGGACAUUGUGACGCCGCUGUACGAACGGUUUAAGGACAGCGGAGCGCCCUUUGCCGGCAUCUACAUGAUGCUGCGGCCUGUGGUUUUGGUCCUGGACCUGGAUCUGGCUAAGGAGGUGUUGAUCAGGGACUUUGCGAACUUUGAGGAUCGCGGCAUGUACCACAAUGAACGGGACGAUCCUCUGACCGGCCACCUCUUUCGCAUUGAUGGACCCAAGUGGCGGCCCCUGCGCCACAAGAUGUCCCCCACGUUCACUUCGGGCAAGAUGAAGUUCAUGUUCCCCACCAUAUGCGAGGUGGGCGUGGAUUUGGCCGAGGUCUGCGGCGAGCUGGCAGCGAAUGCCAUCUGCGGCAUCCUGGAGAUCAGUGACCUCAUGGGCAGAUACACCUCCGACGUGAUUGGCCGCUGUGUAUUCGGCCUGGAGUGCAACGGAUUGCGGAACCCCGAAGCCCAGUUUGCCGUGAUGGGUCGACGGGCCUUCACCGAACGACGCCACAACCAGCUGAUCGAUGGCUUCAUCGAGAGCUUCCCCGACCUGGCCCGCCGGCUGCGAAUGUGCCAGAUCCAUCAGGACAUCACUGACUUUUACCUGGGCAUUGUGAAGGAGACCGUGAAGCUGAGGGAGGAACAGGGAAUUGUCAGGAACGAUUUCAUGAAUCUUCUUAUCGAAAUGAAGCAUCGCGGCGAGCUCACCCUACAGGAGAUGGCUGCCCAGGCAUUCAUCUUCUUUGCGGCCGGCUUCGACACUUCGGCCUCGACCCUGGGAUUUGCACUCUUUGAACUGGCACGCCAGCCGCAGCUCCAGGACAAGUUAAGGCAGGAAAUCGACGCUGCCCUGCAGCUGCAUCAGGGUCAAUUCACAUACGACUCCAUGCAAGAGCUGCGCUACAUGGAGCUGGUCAUAGCAGAGACCCUGCGAAAGUAUCCCCCAUUGCCGCACCUCACGCGCAUCUCCAAAAAUUUGUAUACUGCCAAGGGCAACCGGCACUUCUACAUAGAGCCCGGUCAGAUGCUUCUAAUACCUGUGUACGGCAUUCACCACGAUCCUGCCAUAUACCCAGAGCCACACAAAUUCAUACCAGAGCGAUUCAUGGGCGAUCAGCUGGCCCAGCGACCCACCGCUGGCUGGCUUCCCUUCGGCGAUGGACCGCGAAACUGCAUCGGAAUGCGCUUCGGCAAGAUGCAGACCAGCAUUGCCCUGGUCAAUCUACUCAGACGGUUCCACUUCAGUGUUUGUCCACGAACGGAGUCCAAAAUUGAGUUUGUCAAAUCGAACUUACUGCUAUGCCCGGCGAAUGGCAUAUACUUGAAGGUGCAAGAGAUUAGCAAACUCAAAUGAUAGCGGUACCCAUGACAAUAGAGAUACCAGAAUUGUGUUCACAAACGAAUUUUAAUAUAAUAUGAAACAUGCAUUUUUUUAUCACACAUACAUAUAUUUAAGCAAAUAAAUACUAAUCAUUUAGGUAUGUUUCGGGGCAAUAUUGUGUACCCUGCCUUCUAGGCGUGAAUAAUAAUCGUGACCCUCAAAAAAUUCCC